AUGGGUCUCGAGUUCAUGGCCGUGCAGCAAAGGGCGGCCGACAUCCUUCGUCAGGGCAUAUACUUGCAGCGAAACAAGCUACGAAGCCUCCUGGCGCUUUCGCUGUUUACGGUUUACCUCAUCGUGGGCGCAUCGAUUUACUCCGCCAUUGAAACGCCCGACGAGCAGCGCUACUUGGACCGCAUGAGGAAGUAUUUGGAUCAGUUCACCGAGGAACACAAGCAGUGUUUAUCAGGGAAAGCUGCAGAUCCUCAGACUCGAGAACGUGGUUUGCACAUGGAACAUUUCGACCUGCACCGCCAACACAAAAUGUAG